ACCACGUGGGCCGAGCGGCGCUGUCCUUCGCGGCGGGCGCGGCGGGCACGGCGCGGGGCGCCCAUGGUGAUCAAGGCGGACGAGAUGCCGCCGGCCGCCGUGCCGGCCGCGCAGGGCGCCGAGCAGCAGGAGCCGGGGCCCCGCGGCAGGAGGCCGGCCGAGGCCGAGCAGCGCCCCGAGCACCCGUCUGGCACGGCACUCAUGAACGGCAGCGCGCCGCACGAGAGCCUCAGGGGCGAGAAGGGCGCCAGGCAGAACGGCCACGAGGAGGCUGACGCGGGGGAAGAUGGGAACGACCAGGAGGUCAUUGUCAUACAGGACACGGGAUUCACCGUCAAGAUCUGCGCGCCGGGGAUAGAGCCCUUCUCGCUGCAGGUCUCUCCUCAAGAGAUGGUGCAAGAGAUCCACCAAGUCUUGAUGGACCGUGAAGAUACCUGCCACCGGACUUGCUUCUCUCUGCAGCUUGAUGGCAACGUCCUCGAUAACUUCGCUGAGCUGAAAACUAUUGAAGGACUGCAGGAGGGCUCGCUGCUAAAGGUGGUGGAAGAGCCGUACACAGUGCGAGAAGCCAGGAUACAUGUGCGUCACAUUCGGGACCUUCUUAAGAGUCUUGACCCAUCAGAUGCUUUCAAUGGCGUGGACUGUAAUUCACUGUCAUUCCUGAGCGUCUUCACUGAAGGAGACCUGGGAGACAGUGGAAAACGGAAGAAAAAAGGUACCGAAAUGGAACAAAUUGACUGCACCCCUCCUGAACAUAUCCUGCCAGGUAGCAAAGAGAGACCCCUGUGUGCCCUUCAGCCCCAGAACAGAGACUGGAAGCCUUUGCAGUGCCUAAAGGUAUUGACGAUGAGUGGCUGGAACCCUCCACCUGGCAACAGGAAAAUGCAUGGGGACCUCAUGUAUUUAUACGUGAUCACAGUGGAGGAUCGACACGUCAGUAUCACUGCAUCCACUAGAGGAUUUUACUUGAAUCAGUCUACUGCAUACAACUUCAAUCCCAAACCUGCAAACCCCAGCUUUCUUAGUCAUUCCUUGGUGGAACUACUUAACCAGAUCAGCCCUACCUUCAAAAAAAACUUCUCCGCUCUGCAGAAGAAACGGGUUCAGAGACAUCCGUUUGAAAGGAUAGCAACUCUCCAAGUGUACAGCUGGACAGCUCCACAAGCAGAACACGCCAUGGACUGUGUCCGGGCAGAAGACGCUUACACCUCUAGACUGGGCUACGAAGAGCACAUCCCCGGACAGACCAGAGACUGGAAUGAGGAGCUGCAGACCACACGAGAGCUACCACGCAAGAACCUGCCUGAGAGGCUGCUGAGAGAACGAGCCAUUUUCAAGGUUCACAGCGACUUCACCGCAGCAGCAACAAGAGGUGCCAUGGCUGUCAUUGAUGGCAAUGUCAUGGCCAUCAACCCCAGUGAAGAGACCAAGAUGCAGAUGUUCAUCUGGAACAACAUUUUCUUCAGUCUGGGCUUUGACGUCCGUGACCACUACAAGGACUUUGGCGGGGAUGUUGCUGCUUACGUGGCACCUACCAACGAUCUCAAUGGUGUGCGGACCUAUAAUGCUGUGGAUGUAGAAGGGCUGUACACGCUGGGGACUGUAGUGGUGGAUUACAGAGGUUACAGGGUGACAGCUCAGUCUAUUAUUCCUGGGAUCUUGGAACGGGAGCAGGAACAGAGUGUCAUCUAUGGGUCAAUAGACUUUGGCAAGACGGUUGUCUCGCAUCCCAAGUAUCUGGAGCUGCUGGAGAAGACCAGCAGGCCGCUUAAGAUCCAGAAGCACAAAGUCCUGAAUGACAAGAAUGAGGAGGUGGAGCUGUGCUCCUCAGUGGAGUGCAAAGGCAUUAUUGGCAAUGAUGGGCGUCACUACAUCCUGGACCUGCUCCGCACUUUCCCUCCAGAUCUAAACUUCCUGCCUGUUGAAGGGGAGGAGAUGCCAGAGGAAUGUAAGAAAAUGGGGUUUCCCAAGCAGCACAGACACAAGCUUUGCUGUCUCCGGCAAGAGCUUGUUGAUGCCUUUGUAGAGCACAGGUAUCUCUUAUUCAUGAAGCUGGCUGCACUGCAGCUGAUGCAGCAGAAAGCCAACAAGCAGGAGAGCUCAGGUGCAUUGGAAAAUGGUGCCUCUCCAGAGAAUGGUACAGCAGAAAGUGAGAAGUCUGAGUCAGAUGAUGGUAAAAUAGACGACAACGUGACUGGACUUGAUCAGGUUAAAGAGCUUGCUGAGACCAUUGCAUCUGAUGAUGGAACAGUGGAUCCGAAAAGCAGAGAAGUGAUUCGAAAUGCUUGCAAGGCUGUAGGCUCCAUUAGUGACACAUCAUUUGACAUUCGGUUUAACCCAGAUAUUUUCUCACCAGGUGUUCGUUUUCCUGAGUCUAGCAAAGAGGAGGUGCAGGAUCAGAAGCAGCUACUGAAGGACGCUGCUGCAUUCUUGCUCUCAUGCCAGAUCCCAGGCUUGGUCAAAGACUGCCUGGACCACACGGUACUCCCGAUGGACGGGGCUACCUUAGCAGAGGCCAUGCACCAGAGGGGCAUCAACAUGCGAUAUCUAGGCAAAGUGAUCAACUUCAUCACGAAGACCCCUGGCCGUGCUCAGCUGGAUCACAUUUUUAAAAUUGGCAUCAGUGAAUUGAUCACCCGAUCGGCUAAACACAUCUUCAAGACGUACCUCCAGGGUGUGGAGCUGUCGGGUUUAUCAGCAGCCAUCAGCCACUUCCUCAAUUGCUUUCUAAGCUCCUUUCCAAAUCCCAUUGCCCAUCUUCCAGCUGAUGAGCUGGUCUCCAAGAAAAAGAAUAAGAAAAGGAAAAAUAGGAACCUUGGAAAUGCUGAUAACACUGCUUGGGCCAGCAUGACCCCUCAGGAGCUUUGGAAGAAUAUUUGUUCAGAAGCAAAGAACUACUUUGAUUUUAGUCUUGAAUGUGAGAAUGCUGACCAAGCAGCUGAGGUGUAUAAUCUACAGAAAAUCACCCUCCUUCGUGAAAUCUCCCUCAAAACUGGAGUCCAAAUACUGCUGAAAGAAUACAACUUUGACAACAGGCACAAGCCCACCUUCACAGAGGAGGACAUUCUCAACAUCUUCCCUGUAGUGAAGCACGUAAACCCCAAAGCCUCAGAUGCUUUCCACUUCUUCCAGAGCGGGCAAGCAAAGGUUCAGCAAGGUUUCUUGAAGGAGGGCUGUGAGCUCAUCAAUGAAGCCUUAAACUUGUUCAACAAUGUGUAUGGUGCUAUGCAUGUAGAAAUCUGUGCCUGCCUGAGGCUGCUAGCUCGUCUCAAUUAUAUCAUGGGAGAUUAUUCAGAGGCCUUAAGUAAUCAGCAGAAAGCGGUGCUAAUGAGUGAGAGGGUCCUGGGUAUCGAACAUCCCAACACAAUUCAAGAAUACAUGCACCUUGCUUUGUACUGCUUUGCAAACAGCCAACUCUCUACAGCAUUAAACUUACUGUACCGUGCACGCUACCUCAUGCUAUUGGUAUUUGGGGAGGAUCACCCAGAAAUGGCACUCUUAGAUAACAACAUCGGCUUGGUGCUCCACGGGGUUAUGGAGUAUGACCUGUCCCUCCGGUUCCUGGAGAACGCGCUGGCCAUCAGCUCCAAGUAUCAUGGCUCCAAGUCUUUGAAAGUUGCACUAAGCCACCACUUGGUAGCCCGAGUGUAUGAGAGCAAAGCAGAAUUCCGGUCAGCGCUGCAGCACGAGAAGGAAGGCUACACGAUCUACAAAAACCAGCUUGGAGAACACCAUGAAAAGACCAAAGAGAGCUCUGAGUACUUGAAAUACCUGACUCAGCAAGCAGUCGCUCUUCAACGCACAAUGAAUGAGAUCUACAAGAAUGGCUCCAAUGCGAACAUCAUGCCACUUAAGUUCACAGCUCCCAGUAUGGCCAGCAUCCUGGAGCAGCUCAACAUUAUCAAUGGAAUUCUCUUCAUUCCGCUAAGCCAAAAAGACUUGGAGAACCUUAAAGCAGAGGUGCAGAGACGCCAGCAGCUCCAGGAAAGCAUAAAAAGUGGUGAACAUCUGGAACCAGAGGACAAAGCUGUGGAGGAGAAAGAAGCUGAGCCAAGCAUGCCUUCCGCUGCGAUCCCCUUAACACAGAGCUCUGCUUAAUGUGUACCUCGCUUUAAAAAAAAAAAGUUAAACCACCCUUUUCUGAAUCUGAACCAGGGUCUUGGACUCCCCUGGAGCAGCUCCUCCUUUUUUUUUGACAAUGUUAUUGCACUGGUACAAUUAAUACACAAUGCAAAGAA